CUGCAUUGGCAGUUGAUAUUGGCAAUUAGUAAAAAUUCAGUUUAAGUAGUUUUGUGGAAUAAAUUAGUGGAAAAUGAAAUUUUUAAUGUUUAAAAUUGUUUUGGGCGUAGUGAGUGUUCUGACUGUGUACAGUUUGCCUAGGAAUUUUGAUGAAUUUCUGCUUAGUGAAAUGAUUAAAAGGGAAAUGCGAUCAAAUAAAGCAGACUUGAAUCUCGAGUGGCAACAACAACACAAUGAGAUAAGGGAGGAAGACUACUCACAUGACAUGGACAUAUUUAAAAAUGAAUUGAAUAAAUUUAGGAAAAAGAAGUUGCCAUUGGAAAUGUAUAGACGUCGAUCGGAAAUAAAAGAUCAAGUCAAUAAGAGAAAUAGUCCCAAUAAUCAUAAUUAUUAUAUGCAACUUUGUCAUUUCAAGAUAUGCAACAUGGGUAAAAGGAGAAGCAGAUACUGGGAGCAAUAAAGAAAAAUGAUUGAGCAACAUGUUAAACUAAUUAAUUGGAUAUGUAGAAAAUUAGCAGCUAACUAGAGAGAGUCAAAAUUAUUAUUGAACAGAUGUAAAACUUAUCUCCGAAAAUCACCCCAAAAAGAGUUUUUAUUUUGCUGAGCAGCAGCGUCAUUAAUUUCUAAAAUUCUUUGGACCUUCCUACACACAAAAGCUCAUGUUUACCUAAAGAAUUUGCUAUGAAGUUUUCAUUUUUUCAGUUCUGAGCUCGUUGGAUUUGAAUUCACAAAAAAAUUGGUGGAUCCCACGCACAAGUUCUGUCG